UUUUUAUCGCAUUGAAUGACUGCGUGCUUUUUCUCUGUUUAUGGUACAUAGAAAACGGUUUGCUAAAAGCAUUUUCCUAAAAAUAUUCAGGAUUGAUCAUAAUCCCUGUGCUAAAGAUGAAUUCUGCUAGUCCCAAAACCACAAAUGCUAACAAGAAUAUGACACGAAGCCACAGGGAAGUAUCCACUCAAACGGCACUGAACCUGGAAGACCUAAAUACCCUACUCUUGGCGUUUCUUUCUCCGAAACAAGAAGCAUGUACGCAGACCGAUUUCGUUGGUGAUGUGUCUACUGUGGAGGACAGUUGUGGUCGGUGUGAAGGUGACACUACUGGUAAUGAAGACAAUCUUGACACGUCUGUUAGCUUCACCGAAGAAACAGUUCCACACCAGUUGGCCAUCGUCAAGCAGGAAGUCACCAAUGAAAAUGAUGGUGAUGAGGUCACUAGCUGUGAUCUGCUCUCAAGUUCUGUUGAAGAAAUUGAACCCAGCGUAACACCGAAAAGCCACACAAGUGUAAAAGCCGAAAGGCUGACACCAACACCUCAGUUUUCUGUACCUCCUUCAGAUCGAGUUACCCGAAGUGUUAGCAGGAAGAAAUCGGUCGAGAGUGUUUCGAGUUCAAUUCCCCGACGCCGAAGGUCUUCGACAAGGAUAGGAAAACGAUCUGUAACUCAGGCUGUGUCGGAUAUUCAAAACAAAAAGACUACUGCAGUCGUGAAGCUGGAACGGGUAGACAACAAUCUUGAGCAGUUCGUGUGUCCCGAGUGUGGCAAGGCAUUUUCUCAGGCCAGUAAGCUGAGGCGUCAUGCUAUAGAACACGCAGACGAUAGUGACAUCUUCCCCUGCGAUAUGUGCUCAGAUGCCUUCGACACGAAGAACGAACUCGCCAAGCAUAUGAAUGCCAAGCAUCGCACUAGUUUUUAUUGCGACAUAUGUUCGAAGUACUUCAGCAGCAAUCGUUUCCUGGUGAGGCACAUCCGCCGACACACAACUGAAAAGCCUCAUCAGUGCGAUACUUGUGAUCUGGCCUUUGCUGAUGAGAUUGAGUUGUUGGACCACACCUGUGUUGAUACAAAUGAGUCCGAGGUAGCCAAGCCUGGGUCAAAACAGCUGCUUCAUUGUAUUGUUUGCAACAAAAGUUUCCCAGGAGCUUAUAAACUUCUGCGUCAUUACAGGAGCCAUGCCGGAGAAAAGCCUUUUCAGUGCGCCAAGUGUCCACAAACAUUUAACGACCAGUAUGAACUCCGGCGACAUAAAAAAUCACACAAAGUCUAUGAAGAUCCAUCUAACGGGUCGCUGAAGACAUCGGGGGAGAACAAGGAGGUGUGUGAAAUGUGUGGCAAGAUUCUCCGUUGUCGGGCACACUUGAUUCGGCACAAGAUGACCCAUACCGGAGAGCGGCCUAUUUCAUGUCAGCAGUGCAGCAGGCGUUUUACGGAACUUAGUGGUCUCAAGAGCCAUAUAGCUCGCGUGCAUAUGUCCAUUGAAGAAAAGCAGCAUGUUUGUGAACUAUGUGGAAAGGAAUUUGGCAUCUUGUCGCAUCUGAACCAGCAUCUGAAGGCACAUAAGAAAGAGAGAGUGAAGAAGGAAAGACCUCGGAAACCCCAACCAACAUGUGAAAUAUGUGGCAUGUCCUUCGCUCAGUCGUACCGGUUGAAAGUUCACAUGCACAAACACAAAGGCACGAAACCGUUUCAUUGUGAGACGUGUGGUAAGGGAUUCCUGCACCGACAUGACUACCAGCGUCAUCUUCAGCAUCAACAUUCCAUCGGAAACAACGAAUCGUUUGAGAGGAAAUACCCGUGUGAGAAGUGCCCCAAGGUGUUCAACAAGGCGUUUCACUUGAAGCGCCACUUCAUGGUGAAGCACUCGGGCGUGAAGAACUUCCCCUGCACCCUUUGCAACAAGAAGUAUGCGAUGGAGGAGGAUCUCCGCCAGCACACAAAGACGCACACUGAGGGUCCGUUUCCCUGCUGUGUCUGUGGUAAGCUGGUCGCCACGCAGAGAAAUCUACAACGGCACAUGCUGGUCCACGAACAUCGACCAAAUACACAAGUCUUCAAAUGCACUUCCUGCAACAUUGGUUUCUUCAGCAAAACCGAUCUAGAUGCUCACAACCAGUGUCACGCUGAGAAGAAGACAUGCAAGUGUAACUUCUGCGAAGCCACCUUUAAGCAGGCCGAAGAGCUCAAAGAGCACCGCAGAACGAUCCAUUCAAAAAUGACCUUUCCGAUAAACUGUGAAAUGUGUGACAAAAUCUUCCGAACUAAAUAUAAGAUUCUUUGUCACAUGAAGACCCAUGAGAAGCCUCUUGUCUGUGACCUGUGUGGCGAUCGUUUUUCUAAUCAGCAAGUGCUAAGAAAGCACAUGGUUUCCCACACUGGAAUAAAGCCGUAUGUGUGUGAAGUGUGUGGGAAGAGAUUUGCAUCGCCUUACCACAAGAAGAUUCACUGCCGGAUUCAUUUUGAGAGAGAAUUCAAGUGUAAACUGUGCAACAAAGGCUUCACUGAGAGGCGCUCGCUGGAGAAGCAUGCCAAUGUACACUUACGACCUCACCAGUGCUCACACUGUGACAAACGGUUUGCCACUAUCUACCACCUGCAGCACCAUUCUGCCCGACACACAGGCAACAGGCCGUGCAAGUGUUUGGAGUGUAACAAGACCUUCAUCGACAUGGGGGAUCUAAACAAGCACAUUAAGAUCCACAGAAAAGCCAGAUACGCCUGCAACAAAUGCAAGAGAUAUUUCAACACUGACACCGGUUUGGAGCUGCACAUCAAAACGCACAGAUUCGACACCAGGUUCGCAUGUUCCAUUUGCAACAGGAAGUUCAAGCUGCAGUCGCACUUGGAGAAACAUGAGAAGCGACAUGCCAUCUAUUCGGACACUGUGUACAUUGAGUCGAAGGUGAGGACGACUGCGGCAACCUGCUCCCUAGUGAAGUGCUGCCUCUGUGGGAAGAACUAUGGCCUCAAGGAAGGGGACGAGCCAUUUGUUUGUAAGGUCUGUGAGAAGAAGCAGACGGAAGAGCACUCGGUGAUCAUUCUCGCUAUGGACCAGGCAAUCAAGAUGGAGGCGGAGGAUGAUAGUCAGUUUGAGCUGCCCAUUGCAGGGGAGACUACGGUGGUAACCGGAAACCAGAUUCCAGUAUCGAAAGUUUACACUGAGCAGGAGUUGUUCAAGUGCACAGUGUGUGCCAAGACGUUCAUGUUACUAGAGAAUUUCCUCAGUCACUGCGAAGAACAUCCCGAGAUAGAAGUAACUAUAGAGACACUGGAAACUAAAUAAAGGGACCAUAUGGCUCAAUACAUGUACAUAUGAAGAGUUAGUUUCCAAAACGCAAUAUAUAUACCACAUAUUCUGAUUUUGGAGUUAGCAGUGAAGGUAUACUGAUGUUAGUGAUGGGGAAUGAUUGGAAUAUCAUCAAUCGUCUGUUAUUAUUGGUUGGCCCCAACCAAUCAACACAGUCAGUUAGAAUUAUAUGAAUGUAAGAACAAGUUGAAUUAUUAUUAACCUAAUGUCGUACCUAUUGUCAUAUGCACACUACAAAGGGCUAAUUUUACCUUAAAUAACUACAGUGAAACCUCUCAAGACCAGACUCUCUGUAAACUGGAAUUCCCUCAAAACCGGAGGCUUUACAGAGUCCCUUUUUAAAACCAAGAUAGAACUUAACCUCUCUAAACCGGAUCCCUCUUAAAACCAGAUGUUUGUCUUGGUCCCAAGCGUGUCUGGUUUAGAUGGGUUUCACUGUAUUUAAUAUAUUUUUCUUUAUGUACAUAUGAAAACAAACCCAAGCAUAUUUACGUCAGUUCUAUCAUAUCUAAACUGGGUGAACAAUUACAGUUAACAUUUUCCCACACAAUCAAAAAUGGAUUUUUAUAAUCAAUCAUCAGAUCAGUAGAGCCAAACCGAUCAAUGUUUUAAAAUGAUAAUCAAUCAUUGGAACAUCACUAUAACAAUAAAGUUUUUGCCAAAGUACGAUCUAUUCCCAUUGAACAGAAUGGUAAACUGUGCUUUAUUUGAUAUAUGCUAUGUCAUGUUUUUCUCAAAAUAAUGUAUAGUGUUUUGGAAAUGAAUUCAUCAUAUAUAAAUCAGAUUCCAGUAUCCAACAAUAGUUGUUUGAAGUGUCUGAUAUAAAGGUGUAACUGAAGCACAUUUUGAAAUGGAUUAUCAGCAUCAGCAUCAGUAAUUAAACAGUGACUCGAACCUUUAAUUGUUGGUUUUUUCAUGGAACAUUUUGUGUCCAAAAGUUUGGUUUGCGACAGUUGUUAAUCUAUUUGAGAAUUCACACAUUAAAUUUCCACAUUUUGUUUUAAGAUACUGCCAAGAUUGUAAAAAUUAUGUAAUAUAGAUUUUCUUUUCAUAAUCUUACGUUUUCGUGUGAUAUCUAAAUCUUGUAUUGUGAUUCCCAUCACCAUACUGAACAAAAUGUUUUCUGGUUUUACAUAACACUGGUCACAGCAUCCAUACAGGCAGUCUGUGGAAUGGGCAGAAAACCAAGUCACCACAUGCACCUAUUAGACUUUAUUGGUCACACAACUGAUAUUUCAAAGGUUAUGGUAUGUAUUUCAAAGGUUAUGGUAUGUGUUAUCCUAUCUGGAAAUAGUACCUUUACUAGUAUACUGAUGGAAAGAAAUAAAAGAUCACACCAGCACUCAACAGGAAAGAGUGUCUGCAACGAAAACCCUGGUCCAUAGUGUUGGAAAGUUAUCUGUGUUACAUCACACUAAUGCAGGUCUUCUAGGAUUUGUAUAAAAUCCACUAGCCAUGGGAUCCUUGAUUAGGAUCUGAAUUUAGGUUGAUAACUGAUUAUGUUGGGUGAAAGAGAAAAUUAAAAUAAUGAUAGUACUAAAUAAUUAAUAUGUAGUGAUUUGUACAUGCACACCUUUACCAAUGGCUGUAUCCCAGCUUCUGAAGUCCAUGUAGACUUCAUAAAUUUAAAGUUAAUAUGAAUGCCAGAGGUUGAUUAACAAAAUGUUUGGUUAUAUGGGCCUGACAUUAUGGAUGAUUUAAUUAUGGUAGCAAAUUAUGGAAUUAUGUUUCAUUGCAGGAUAUUUGGAUUCUUUGGUCAUACAAUACAGCUGCUCAAGUCUUUAAAAAAAAAAAAAAAACUUUAAAAAUCAUAUUUGUAAUUGUUGAGCCAUUUUUGUGACAAAUGUACCUGUAUGUGAGUGAGAUAUAUUAUAUAUAUCGAAUACGUUUAUAAAUAUUGUACAAAGUGCAUUUAAUUCAUUAUUUUAAUCAGCUAUCACAGACUCGCAUUGAAUGUGUUCUAGAAUAUAUUACUAUCUAAAACAUCUUUUUUAAGUAUUUGAAGGUCUUAUGUCAGUUGUAGAUUUGCAUCUACAUCAUUCAUCUUCGCACUCAGGUGAUCAAGAGAAAUUACACUGCAUAGGAAAUAUCAGACUAUAAAUAUGUACACCGUCUGAUUAUUAAAACAUUUUCACUUGAUUUAUUAAAAAUUAUUAUGAGCUGCAGCAAGGGAGCUAAGGAAUAUUUGCCAUUUAGAACUGUAUCCACCUUUUUGAGUAAUUUUCUUCUUAUCUCUGUUAAGUUGGAAGAUAAAAUUUAGGUGUUGCCUUUCUGGUGAUGAUGUUAACAAUAAUAAGUUUUGCUCUACAUAUAUUUCCAUUCUGAGAAACUAAAUGCCAGAUCAGUGAAACGUGGGUCAGUUUUGUGACUGUAGUAUCUGGGGUAAAUCCUUUUGUAGAUUUUUGUGACACAAGUCUCAAGAAAAUCAAUCCUUGGAGUGAGCUUUGACUAGUGUCUGAAAAAAACAUCUACAAAAUAACAUGACCCUGAAAUAUUUUGUAGUGACAUCUUAUAAUUUAAAAAAAUUAUUAUUAUAUUUAUAGGAUAUUAAACAAGCUUCCAUUUCAUAUCAUGUUUAAGUCACAAGAAAUAAUUUUCAAAUGUCACGAGCUUUAGCGAGUGACAAUGAAAAUUA